AUGGACCACAGGAGCUUCGAUCUUGAGCUGGCAAGACUCAGGGAAGGAAGCAGCAGCCCUGAGGAGGGUCCAGAAUUAUGGCCUGCCACCUGCAAAGGUUUUAAGCAAUCUCCAGUUAACAUUGUGAUCUCCAAUGCCUUGUCAGAUCCCAGGUUGAAGGUCAAUUUCAAGUACAUUGAUUAUGAUGGACAACACCCAUGGACUAUUGUAAACAAUGGGUACACGAUAUCAGUGGAUCUUAAUGACACAAUCAAGAUCUCUGGUGGUGGCCUGGAAGAUACUUACAGGGCAAUGUAUGUCCAGUUCCACUGGUCAGAUUCUUUGAGGAAGGGUUCUGAACACACCAUCAAUGGGAAGACCUAUCCCAUGGAGGUGCAAAUUAUUCAUGUCAGGGACAAGUUUCAGAAGCUGGAAAAGGCAAUUCAGUCUACUGAAAAAGGUGCAAUCACCACCCUGGGGUUCCUGAUACAGGCUUCAAAAAAUAAAACGCAUGAAGGCUUCCAGACUAUCUUGGAUGCCCUGGACCAAAUCCCAUAUAAAAACAAUAAGGUGACCACAAAACCAAUGAGCCUUUAUGACCUCAUCCCAGAUCUUAAGAAUAUGACAAAAUUUUUCCGAUACGAGGGCUCCCUUACUUCUCCUAGCUGCCCAGAAAAUGUAAUCUGGACUGUGUAUAAGGAUCCUUUACAAGUUAAAGAAGAACAGAUCUUGCAGUUCUCCAAGAAGCUGUUCUAUAAUGAGAAGGGUAAGACAGAUAUUCCCAUGGCAAACAACUACCGGAAAAUGCAGAGGAGAGGUCAUCGACAUAUCUAUUCCAACAGGGUGGGAAGGUUAUUGCCCCAUACCUGGUCCGUGUUUCUGACCCCUCUGCUGACCUGCUUCCUGGCCAUCUUUCUCUGUUGGGAGUUUUGGAUGUGGAAUCUCUGA